AUGGAUCUAGUUCGAGUUGACCCAGAAACCCGAAAUGACUCGGAUCCCCCAAAUCCCGCUCACGCAGUAGUUCUAGACUCGUGCUCGCGCCCCACAACACCCUCGCUCAAGCUCGCAACGCCUGCGGUUCCUCGCCCACCCCGCGCCCGCUCUCUCAUCCCCUUCGCCUGCACGCUCUCGCACCUGCACUAUUGUGCGCUAGGCUGCCUUGCAGAUUAUCAUUUUGGGAAAGUAAUUAUCGAGUCAACUAACAGCUUAUCAAAUAAAUUUCUGAAGAUUUACGUCGUUUCUUCUGGUCUUUUUUGGGGAAUAUUACACAUUUCUGAUACAGGAAUGAUUGUUAUUGGAGAUAGAAAAUGGAGAGAAGUUACGAAUGCUUUUAACUUCCCAUCUUCUGCAACAAAUGCAUCAUUUAUCCUUCGAAAAUACUACAUUUCCUUAUUGCGUCACUAUGAACAAAUUUACUUCUUUAGAGCAAAAGGAUGGACUAUUCCUUCAGCCGUUUCUCUAAGUACAACACGAGUUUCCGUCCUUCGAACUGAGAAGACAAGUGAAUCUGCAUUUGCAUUACCUGAAAUCCAAUCUGCCACACGCAAAAGAAAGAAAGGCAAUGAAGAUGUUGCACUGACAGCCCCAUUAGGUCAAGCAUUGUCCGCAAACCGAAAAGUUGUUGGAGUUAUCGACGGAAAAUUUGAGAAUGGCUACUUUGUCACCGUCACAGUCGGCACAAACAAGCUUAAAGGUGUUCUUUUCCAUGCUUUACAGCAGAAUGCAGUCCAAGUACAACCGGUAUAUCCUUCAAUCAACAACAGCAGCACUAGGGUCAUUCGCCGGCGACGAAGAAGGAAGGUCAGCACAAGGGAUCCCACACAUCCAAAGCCAAAUAGAAGUGGUUACAAUUUCUUCUUUGCGGAGCAGCAUGCAAAGUUGAAGCUGCUCCAUCCAGGAAAAGAUAGAGAGAUCAGCAGAAGGAUUGGUGAGCUAUGGAACAACUUGACAGAGACAGAGAGAGCUGUUUAUCAAGAGAUUGGUUUGAAGGACAAGGAAAGAUAUCAAAGUGAGAUGGUUGUGUACAAAGAGAAGCAGAGAACAGGCCCAGUUUUGACUGAUGUGAUGCCAAUUCAGCAGCUUCCAGCUGAACCAAGCAUUGAAAUGCAAAAUAUGAAUUUGAAGGGAACACAUGAGGUUGAUAAGCUUUUUGAGGAUAGUGAUGAGAGUCUGGGAGAGAAAUCAAAUGAGGAACAGAGACAUUCACCAGAAGCAGGUGCAGCUGCAGCUGCUGCAGAACCUGAUAUGGCUGCCGAUCCUUCGUCAUUUGAGCUGCGAAUGAGAGAUCUAACUGAAACUGAGAAUGAUACAGAGAAGCUGAGCAAGAAUGGUAUUCCUUCUUCCGGCGACGACAGGGAGUCUGAAAGAUCUGCAGAGACAUAA